AUGGAUAGACCCAGCAGUGUACGCGUUGCUUCCCCCAGGGUGCCGCGUGAUUUCUACGCCGAAAAUGGGGUCAGCUACUGGGCCAAGACAAGCCGCAUCGAUGUAGAACUCGAUAACGGGACAUCACAGUCGUUCUUCAUCAAGGUCAUACCGGGGGACAAUGGCAGGCAAAUGACGUGCGGAGAAUUUGAAUCCAUGCAGGCCAUCUACUCGACCGUGCCCGAAUUCGCACCAAAGCCCAUUGCCUGUGGUACAUACGAUGCAAACCCGGACACUUACUUCUUCCUCUGCGAGUUCAGGGACAUGACCGAAGACAUGCCAGAUCCGCACAAGUUCAGCGCCCGUCUCGCAGCACUGCACCAGGAAAGCAAGUCUCCCAGUGGGAAGUUCGGCUUCCAUGUAACGACGUACAGUGGUAACUUGCCGCAGAUGAACGACUGGGAAGACAGCUGGGAGACUUACUUCACAAAGAAUCUGAAGCUUGCUCUUGAAUUGGAGCUCGCAGCCAAAGGCUCAGACCCGGAGUUCGAGGUCUUGUUGCCAGUUCUGUUCGACACAGUCAUCCCGCGCUUGCUUCGCCCCAUGAAAAGCAAUGGACGAUCGGUCAAGCCCAGUCUCGUGCACGGCGAUCUCUGGUACGCCAAUUCUGGCUUUGAUGUUAUGACUGGAGAUCCUCUUAUCUUCGACGCCUGCUCUUUCUAUGCACACAAUGAGUAUGAAUUCGGCCAAUGGCGCCCAGCCUGGAAUCGGUUUGGCACUGAGUACCUCGACGCCUACCACGCCCUUGUUCCCAAAGCAGAACCGGUGGAAGACUAUGACGGUCGAAUAGACCUCUAUAAGCUAAGGUUCAAUACGCAUGUCUCGGCCCUGUUCACGGAGGAUCUAGGACUGAGAGAACAGUGA